AUGAAAUUCAAGAUGAUGGCUGAGGAUACUGAGGAUUGUGGUUUUGCCAAAUUGGGAGGUGAAAACGUCGAUUUCGCCGUGGUUUUGCGCGAGAGUGAUGACGGGUCCUCGUCUUUAUUGUCUGUGGUGAGUGACACAAGCAGCCUUUGUGGGGACGACUUGUUAUUGGGCUUCGAGAUGGGCCUGGAAACUGGGCCGGGCUUUGUAGACGUGAACAACGUUGAGCUCAUUCCUAAGGAUUGUAUCGGUGGCCCAUUGCCGGUGGCAGAGGAGAUGGCAGGGGCAAAAUCGUCCGUUCAGUCGGAAAAAAGGGCUAGCCGGAGUGUAUUUGAGGUGGACUGUGUGCCUUUGUGGGGUUUCACUUCGGUGUGCGGAAGGCGGCCGGAGAUGGAAGAUGCAGUGGCGGCUGUGCCUCGGCUGCUGAAGAUUCCUAUAUGGAUGCUAGCUGGCGAUGGAGCAGUUGAUGGGUUGAGUUCAAGUUCGUGUUUGAGUCAUUUGACGGGCCAUUUUUUCGGGGUCUAUGAUGGCCAUGGAGGGAAAGCCCAAAUCGAGCCUAUUGCACCAGAAACCGUAGGCUCGACUGCUGUUGUGGCCGUUGUUUGUUCAUCGCAUAUAAUAGUGGCUAACUGUGGUGACUCGAGGGUUGUGCUGUGCCGUGGCAAAGAGCCAGUGGCCCUCUCAGUCGACCACAAGCCAAACCGAGAAGAUGAAUAUGCGAGAAUCGAAGCUGCCGGAGGGAAGAUUAUACAAUGGAAUGGGCAUCGUGUUUUUGGUGUCCUUGCAAUGUCUCGGUCCAUUGGCGACAGAUAUUUAAAACCGUCUAUUAUCCCAGACCCUGAAGUCACGUUCACCCCACGAGCCAGGGAAGACGAGUGUCUGAUUUUAGCCAGUGAUGGCUUGUGGGAUGUCAUGACUAACGAGGAGGUUUGUGAGAUUGCUCGUAAGAGAAUAAUCCUUUGGCACAAGAAUAAUGGGCCUACGCCAUUCCUGGAGAGAGGGGAAGGAGUGGACCCGGCAGCCCAAGCGGCGGCCCAAUACCUAUCCAAUAGGGCCCUUCAAAAGGGGAGCAAGGACAAUAUUAGUGUAGUUGUGGUGGACUUGAAGGCCCAGAGAAAGUUCAAGACCAGGAGCUAGCUAGAUAGGAAUAAAUAAAUUGAAGAAGUUAUUUUCCCGCUCGAUUUGAUUACCCUCUGAUUAUUCAUUAUAAGUUUUAUUAUUAUUGUUAGUUUGAAAAUUUAAUUCAUGUGAAAGUUAUAGAAUGGGAUUUUUAUUUUUUGGUUUAUUUUUCGUUGCCCCCUGUUAUGUUUUGGCUGAGGGAUAUAGUAUUUAGUUGUGUUGUUAGAAGCAAAAGGGCUCGGUUAUGGCGUCUGCCUCCGAACUAAAGGUUCUGUGAGGUGUUCGGAAUGUUUGAGCCAUAUAUAUAGUGAAUUAGAUGUUCUAAGACUGUGGUUUGGUAUCGAUUUCUUCAUAUCUAUGUUCCGCGAAUUUGUCGUUUGGC